AGAAAAUAAAAGAAAAGAAAAGAAGAGAAGUGAAAAAACUAACAAGUUGUAGCAACAAUGGUGGCCAAGAAGCCAAGGAUUGUGAUUAUUGGGGCUGGAAUGGCUGGUCUCACAGCUGCCAACAAGCUCUACACAUCACAGGGCUCAAACGAAUCGUUCGAGCUCUGUGUAGUAGAAGGUGGGACUCGAAUUGGUGGAAGGAUCAACACUUCUGAGUUUGGUGGUGAUAGGAUUGAGAUGGGUGCUACGUGGAUUCAUGGCAUUAAAGGUAGCCCAAUUCACAAAAUUGCUCAAGAAAUCCAUUCACUUGACUCUGAUCAGCCUUGGGAGUGUAUGGAUGGGUUUUUGGAUGAUCCAGUCACUAUUGCUGAAGGCGGGCAUGAGCUCAAUCCAUCACUUGUCGAUUCAAUAACUAGUUUUUUCAACAAACUAAUGGAUUUUGCUCAAGGAAAGGUGAGUGAAGAAAGAUUGAGCAAUGAAGAGAUUGAGUAUUGUAAGUUUAUAGCAGCAAAAGGUUUCAAUGGAAAGCUCAGUGUUGGUUCUUUUCUUCGACAAGGGCUUGAAGCUUAUUGGGAUUCAAUGAAAGGCCGAGAGGAGCUCAAAGGAUAUGGUGGUUGGAGUCGAAAUUCGCUUGAAGAAGCCAUUUUUGCAGUUCAUGAGAACACUCAAAGGACUUAUACGGCAGCUGGUGAUUUGAUGACACUUGAUUACAAUGCAGAAAGUGAGUAUAUUAUGUUUCCUGGUGAAGAGGUAACCAUUGCUAGAGGUUAUAUGAGCAUAAUUGAGUCCAUAGCUUCUGUUUUGCCUGCUGGUUCAAUCCAAUUAGGCAAAAAGGUCACAAAAAUUGAAUGGCAGCCCAAUAAUCAUCGAUUGUUAGAGAACGAAAAUGGGCACGAAACUAGGCCUGUGAAGCUACAUUUUUGUGAUGGAUCGGUCAUGUUGGCCGAUCAUGUGAUUGUCACGGUCUCAUUAGGAGUACUCAAAGCUGGAACCAGUGAAAAUUCAGGUAUGUUUGAUCCUCCACUUCCAAGUUUUAAGACCAAGGCAAUAUCAAGACUUGGGUAUGGUGUUGUUAACAAGUUGUUUUUGGAAUUGAGUCCAACCCAUGAUAGAUUUGGCAUUUCCAACGAAUUCCCAUUUUUGCAAAUGGCUUUUCAUCGAUCAGACUCCGAAUUCAAGCGCCGGGAAAUUCCUUGGUGGAUGAGAAAGACUGCUGCUCUAUCUCCAAUCUAUGGCAAGUCAAGUGUUCUUUUAUCUUGGUUUGCCGGCAAAGAAGCUCUUGAGCUUGAGUCUCUCGAUGAUGAAGAGAUUCUUGAUGGGGUUUCAACAACAAUCUCUAGCUUUUUAUCAAACUCAGUGUCACAUCCUAAUAAUUCUCAUGAAUUGUGCAAUGGGAAUGUCAAUUCUGUGGAGAGCACUAAUGGGAGAGAAUUGAAAUUCAGUAAGGUUUUAAGGAGCAAAUGGGGCACGGAUCCACUGUUCUUGGGGUCAUAUAGCUACAUUGCCGUGGGAUCGAGCGGUGAUGAUUUGGACGCCAUGGCUAUGCCAUUGCCCAAAAAUGGAAAUUAUGAGGCUAAUGCCUCUCCUCCACUCCAAAUUCUGUUUGCAGGUGAAGCAACACAUAGAACCCAUUAUUCAACUACUCAUGGAGCCUAUUUCAGUGGCCUUAGAGAAGCCAAUAGGCUUCUUCAACAUUAUCAUUGCAAUGGGGUAUGAGAGUUCUUGAUGCACUACUAAGCUAGAACAGUAAGCACUUUUUCUUGUUUUUUUUGAUUUUUUGUUUUUGGGAAACACUUCUCUCCCUCUUAAUCACUUUCUGAUUGAUAUUCAUCUGGAAAAUCUUUUAUUUCUCUCUCUGCAAUAUGGUUGGAAUGAGAUGAGACGGUGGAAAUUAAAGAGAGGGAAUGAAAGGGAGAUGGGUACAAUUUUUAGAUGUACGGAUGAAUGAGUUAACGAAGCUUCUUUUCAAAUUUUCUAUAUUUUA